CCCAGACACAUAAAUAGGAAUAGGAAUUGCAAUUCUGAAAAGUUUAAGUGUAACUGGAACAUCAAACCCAUGCUCACUUCAUUAACUGACCUCUGUUUCUCUCCUAUUCAGGUAACUGAAACUAAGUCCCUUCCAAAAUUAAUGAAUGAGACAAAUCAUUCUCGGGUGACAGAAUUUGUAUUGCUGGGACUGUCUAGUUCAAGAGAGCUCCAACCUUUCUUGUUUCUUAUAUUUUCACUAUUUUAUCUAGCAAUUCUGUUGGGCAACUUUCUCAUCAUCCUCACUGUGACCUCAGAUUCCCACCUUCACACCCCUAUGUACUUUCUGCUUGCAAACCUGUCAUUUAUAGACGUAUGUGUUGCCUCUUUUGCUACCCCUAAAAUGAUUGCAGACUCUCUGGUUGAGCGCAAGACUAUUUCUUUUGAUGCCUGCCUGGCCCAGAUUUUCUUUGUUCAUCUCUUCACUGGCAGUGAAAUGGUGCUCCUAGUUUCCAUGGCCUAUGACCGUUAUGUUGCUAUAUGCAAACCUCUCCACUACAUGACAAUCAUGAGCCGCCGCGUAUGUGUUGUGCUCGUCCUCAUUUCCUGGUUUGUGGGCUUCAUCCAUACUACCAGCCAGUUAGCAUUCACUGUUAACCUGCCAUUUUGUGGUCCUAAUAAGGUAGAUAGUUUUUUCUGUGACCUUCCUCUAGUGACCAAGUUAGCCUGCACAGACACUUACGUUGUCAGCCUACUAAUAGUUGCAGAUAGUGGCUUUCUCUCUCUGAAUUCCUUUCUCCUCUUGGUUGUCUCCUACACUGUAAUACUUGUUACAGUUAGGAAUCGCUCCUCUGCGAGCAUGGCGAAGGCCCGCUCCACAUUGACUGCUCACAUCACUGUGGUCACUUUAUUCUUUGGACCGUGCAUUUUCAUCUACGUGUGGCCCUUCAGCAGUUACUCAGUUGACAAAGUCCUUGCUGUAUUCUACACCAUCUUCACGCCUAUUUUAAACCCUGUAAUCUACACGCUAAGAAACAAAGAAGUGAAGGCAGCUAUGUCAAAACUGAAGAGUCGGUAUCUGAAGCCUGGUCAGGUUUUUGUAGUCAUAAGAAAUGCUCUUUCCUAGAAACAGAGUAAACUUAUGACACUGUUACCACUUUAGCCCUGUCUCUAUACACUUACAAGUGGAUUCACUGUAAUCUUAAAGCAAAUCAACUUGACCUAUGGGA